UUAAACGCGUGUAGCUCCAGCUGAGGGCCCAAUUCCGCUGCUGAUCUGCUCCUCAGAGGAGCUGGAGAGGGGGGGUCCGUCCGGGUGACGGCUCCUUUAAGAAAACGGAACUGAGCCUCGGCUUUUUUUUUUUUUUUUUGACGAGCUGAGGAUGUGGGCAGGAAACGCCAUGCAAGAGCAGCAACAGCAGCAGCAGCAGAGACGCGAUCACGCUUUCCCCCCGCACCGUUGCACAACACGGCGCGAUCACAAUGCGCUUUAAUUCCCCACGCUGAUGUCCAGACGCGCUCGCUCUCCACGGAUCUGCUCCCCAGCGGCCCUCUGCGCGCUGCCCCGCCGCCUCGGAGCAAUCGCCGGCGUGCGAUUUUGACGGCUAACCCGAGCGAGGGAAGGGGAGGGGGCAGCCUUCCUGGCCUCCUCGGUUUGAAAACAUCGGGGCUGGGUGAGCGAGAUAGCUAGAGGAGGCGUUCGUCUAGGAGAAAAAGGAGGCGUCCGAUUUCCUCCCCCCGUCUCCUGUCUCCUCUUAACCAUGAGGGAGUACAAAGUGGUCGUCUUGGGCUCGGGCGGAGUCGGUAAAUCGGCGCUGACGGUCCAAUUCGUGACGGGCUCCUUCAUCGAGAAGUACGACCCCACGAUAGAGGACUUCUACAGGAAGGAGAUCGAGGUGGACUCCUCCCCGUCGGUGCUGGAGAUCCUGGACACGGCCGGGACCGAGCAGUUCGCCUCCAUGCGGGAUCUGUACAUCAAGAACGGCCAGGGCUUCAUCCUGGUCUACAGCCUGGUGAACCAGCAGAGCUUCCAGGACAUCAAGCCCAUGAGGGACCAGAUCAUCCGGGUGAAGAGGUACGAGAGGGUGCCCAUGAUCCUGGUGGGGAACAAGGUGGACCUGGAGGGGGAGAGGGAGGUGUCUUCCGGGGAGGGCAAGGCGCUGGCCCAGGACUGGAGCUGCCCCUUCAUGGAGACCUCGGCCAAAAAUAAAACCUCGGUGGACGAGCUGUUCGCAGAAAUAGUGAGACAGAUGAACUACUCCAGCGUUCCCAGCGGAGGCGACCAGUGCUGCUCCUGCGUCCUGCUCUGAAGAGGAGGCGCAGGGAUGGGCAGAGAAAAAAAACAGCGGCCUGAGUUGUUUCCAGCUUGAAAAGUUGUCCUGCAGGCUUGUUUUUUCUUUUUUUUUUCUUAAAGUUUCCUCUCUCCUCACACUGUUCUUUUUAAUUAUUAUUAUUAUUAUUAUUAUUAUUAUUGUUAUUAUUGUUGCACAAGGACAAAAUACAACAGUCUAUCAUGUAUCAUAGUCUGGAAAGUGUUUACAUGACAAAGUACUUGAAUUUAUAGCUUUGUAUUUGACACUUCUCUGGAAAAUGUGCCUCAGUGGGAAUGUCUAAUUGUGAAACCUAAGAGUCAUGUGUUUUUCAGGCCGCUUCUUUUUUUUUUUUUUUCUUUUUUUUUUUUCCCCUCAGCUGAACUGUUGUUUCCUCCAAGCUGGGACAUUUCUCACCUUUGUGGUGGUGUUGUUUUUUUUUCUAUUUUAUUUUAUGUUGCUUGAAAGCAUUUAAAAAUCACCACUCAAGCCUCGCACGGCUCGCUCCAGCCCGAGCUGUCAAGUCGGAUCCAACAGGCCCACCGCCCACUCAGAUGCCACAUCUGAAGUAGAAUUAAGCCAAUAUAUUCUUGUCACCCCCUCCCACCCCCACCCCUCCCCCCAAAACACACGUCCACAGGUUGGUGAUAAGUUAUUUUUCUCAUCUUAAACCUGAGCCCAGCUGACUGUGUUCCUCCCCUGUGUGCACCAACGAGGACCUCGGCGCAUGGGGGGACGCUGCGACCCCCCCCCCCAUGUCAAGUGCCUUCCCCGUUUUCUCCCGUGACUGUGCCAACUGAUGAGCCCUUACUUCCUCUGCAGUGCGUCCUGAUGGCAAUCAGAACUUUUUCAACAGGCUUCCAGCCUCUUGUUUUCAUUUGGUGUCAACGUGGUGAAAUAAUAAUGAUGAUGAUAAUAAUAAUAAUAAUGAUAAUAAUGAUUAUGGAAAAGAAAAUGCUCCUGUUUUGCAGCCCGGAUGCUGAGCUUGCAAACAGAACUUCAGAUUCGGGCCGUUUCCAGAGGUACUAGCCCAUUAUGAUCAACCGGAUGACUUAACUCGCUGGGAUCUUGGUUUCAGUAAAUGGCAAGCCAUGUUUGUAUGUAUGAUGUAGAUUUUUUUUUUCUUCUUCUUUUUAUUUUCUAAAAAAUGUGACAUUUUUGACUUGAUGUAAUUGUAUUUCUGCUUUCGGACGGCGUUUUCUGCCCUCCGCCUGUCGGUUUGAGAGACUUGGAAUACAGAACCCAUUUUACGUAACGGUG